AAAAAAAAAAUUAAAAACUAAUUUGUGAAAAAAUUAAAAAUUAAGUAUAAAAAAGAAUUCCAAAAAUUCAAAAUAAAAAUUAAAAAUAUUAUUUUGAAGCUAAUUUUAAUAAUUUAAAAUAAAAACUAUGUAAAAUAUAUGUUUACGAAAAAAACCUACAAUACUUACUCAGUUUGCACUAGCAGUUUGUUGUAGCUGUUUUAUGUUGCACGCUGUCAAAGUAGCUUAUAAUGCAACUCCUAAAUCACACAACCAAGCCUACUAUUAGCAAAAAAUUACGAUUAAUGUUCCUGCUACACAAUAAUAAAUACUGAAAAAAAUUUAAAAAUAUAAGAAAUUUAAAUAUAAACAGCGUCUAGCGCUUAGCAGCAAGUGAAUGCCACAGUUUCCUAGUCAACUGCAUUAGCUCUGUAGCGUCUACACAUAUCCUCUCUGCCACACUCGCACACACACACCGUUACCGUUAACCGCAUAAGUAUGCCGUUAUAUAUGUCUCAAUGUACAUAAUAGCCGUUUGUGCGUGUAUAUGUGUGUCUACUUUAUGCUGUGCAAUGCCGAUUAGCAUAUUUGGUAAGCGUCUAACUGCCGCCCAUCAGCGUGUGAAUGCAACGAAAAAGACAACAACAAAGGUAGCCGAGUGGUUUGUCGUUCGCGCCGAGGAGAGCAAACGUAAAAAGCGCGUCGAACGUCAGCGCCAGCAGCAACGUCAACGUCGCGGCGCCAAGGUGUUUCGCUGCGUCAGCGAUUCCACAGGACAUCUCACGCUGGCGCCGUCACGCCUCUUCGAAAAGACACCGAUGAGCCCGUCCGACAGUCUGGAUGAAAUCGCACUGCAAAUACCAAGAGUCCGUGUGGAAUAUUACGUAAACGAAAACACAUUCAAAGAAAGACUGCAACUUUACUUCAUUAAGAAUCAGAGAUCAAGCCUACGAAUACGAAUUGCCGACUUGUUUUUUAAGUUACUAGCAUGUGUUCUGUACAUAUUACGUGUGAUAACGGAUACGAAUCCAACCUUUGCAACGUGUUAUGGCUGCUCAGUGAGCAAUAAAACAGAGUUCCUCGUUUCGGCUCAACUAACGGAGGAGGAGUUCCAGGAGAAUCCCAUUAUAAAUUGGGAAGCUAUCUUAUGGGUGAAUCGGCCCACAAUAUUGUGGGCAGCGCAAUUAAUAUUAGCAUUAGUAUCUCUCACAGAGGCCGUACUACUAACAUAUCUAGGCUAUAAGGGGAAUAUCUGGCAACAGAUUCUUUCGUUUCAUUUCAUUCUAGAAUUAAUUACGACAAUACCAUUUGCACUAACGAUACUAUGGUCGCCUUUAAGAAAUUUAUUCAUACCCAUAUUUCUCAAUUGCUGGCUGGCGAAGCGAUCGUUGGAGAAUAUGUUCAACGAUCUGCAUCGCGCCAUGCAAAAGUCGCAAUCCGCACUGUCGCAACAGCUCACCAUACUCUCCGCCACGCUGCUGUGUCUGGUGUUCACAAGCGUCUGUGGCAUACAGCAUUUUCAACGCGCCGGUCAUCGUCAUUUGAAUUUGUUCCAGAGCACGUAUUAUGUGGUUGUGACAUUCUCAACAGUCGGUUAUGGCGAUUUCGUGCCCGAUAUAUGGCCCUCACAGCUUUAUAUGGUGAUUAUGAUUUGCGUAGCACUUAUAGUGCUGCCGACGCAGUUCGAACAAUUGGCCUUCACUUGGAUGGAGCGCCAGAAAUUGGGCGGCAGCUAUUCAUCGCAUCGCGCGCAAAGCGAAAAACACGUCGUCGUCUGCUCAACCACACUGCACGCGGACACAAUCAUGGACUUCCUCAACGAAUUUUAUGCGCACCCACUGCUACAGGAUUACUAUGUGGUGCUGCUCAGUCCUAUGGAGUUGGACACCACGAUGCGUAUGAUAUUGCAGGUGCCGAUUUGGGCGCAACGGGUCAUUUAUAUUCAGGGUUCCUGUUUAAAGGAUGGCGAUUUGGCACGUGCGCGCAUGAAUGAGGCCGAGGCUUGUUUCAUACUCGCCGCUCGUAAUUAUGCCGAUAAGACUGCAGCCGACGAGCAUACGAUAUUGCGUUCGUGGGCGGUUAAGGAUUUUGCGCCGAGUGUGCCGCAAUAUGUGCAGAUAUUUCGACCGGAGCACAAGCUUCAUGUGAAAUUCGCGGAGCACGUCGUCUGCGAGGACGAAUUCAAAUACGCACUGUUAGCCAAUAACUGCACUUGCCCCGGCGCGAGUACGCUGGUCACAUUGCUGUUGCACACGUCACGAGGACAGGAAGGUCAACAGUCACCGGAGGAAUGGCAUCGCCUCUACGGCAAGUGUUCCGGCAAUGAGAUCUACCACAUUGUGCUCGGCGACAGUCGCUUCUUUGGCGAGUACGAGGGCAAAAGUUUCACUUAUGCUAGCUUUCAUUCGCAUCGAAAAUAUGGCGUUGCAUUGGUGGGUGUGCGUCCAGCCGAGCUGCCGGAAUUCUACGAGGACACCAUACUGCUAAAUCCGGGGCCGCGGCAUAUCAUGAAGAAGGACGACACAUGCUAUUAUAUGAGCAUAACAAAGGAGGAGAAUUCGGCCUUUGUUGUCAAUCAAAAUCAGAAUCAAAAUUUGGAUACGCAAGCGACGACAAAGGACGGUGCAACUGAUAAUCUAACGUCUGUGAUAAUCUCAGAUUCGAAGCAGAAUCUCAAGGAUACAACGGUGACAUCGAUGAAUGCAACGCAAAUACCCUCGGCCACGACAACAACCACAGUCACCACAACGAUACCGCCAAUGUUGGGCGGCGGUGGCAGCGGCGGCAACGGUUUGGGCUACAGCGGUGGCAGCAGUAGCGGUGGCGGUGGUGGCCUGAGUGUUGCAACCGCCACAUUAAUGACUAGCAAUCACUUGGAUGUGCCGCAAGCGGGGAAUCCGAAUCUACUCAGCCCCGAUGUGCUCAAUCAGCGUAGAGGCAGUCGCCGCCCAUCCAUCCUACCCGUACCGGAUAUGUUCACCUCAUCAUCGUUCAGCAUAUCAGGCAAUGAUGAGGGCGAAGAAGGUGAUGAGAGCGAUGAUGAAAUUGACGAUGAUGUACCUUGGCGUUCGCCGUCUGAGAAAAUAGCCAUCGUCAAGGGUUUCCCGCCCGUCUCGCCAUUCAUCGGUGUUAGUCCGACGCUUUGUUACUUGCUCAAGGAGAAAAAACCAUUGUGCUGUCUGCAGCUGGCACAGGUCUGCGAGCACUGCAGCUAUCGCAAUGCCAAGGAGUAUCAAUGGCAAAACAAGACGAUUAUUCUGGCAGCGGAUUAUGCAUCGAAUGGCAUUUACAACUUUAUCAUACCGUUACGUGCGCACUUUCGUUCGAAAACGUCAUUAAAUCCGAUUAUAUUGUUGUUGGAGCGUCGACCGGAUGUGGCCUUUCUCGAUGCGCUCUCCUACUUUCCGCUGGUUUAUUGGAUGCUCGGUUCCAUCGACUGCUUGGAUGACCUGCUGCGUGCCGGCAUUACCCUUGCCGAGAGUGUGGUGGUGGUGAACAAGGAACUGUCCAACUCGGCGGAGGAGGAUUCGCUGGCCGAUUGCAACACCAUCGUCGCCGUGCAAACAAUGUUCAAAUUCUUUCCCAGCAUCAAGAGCAUAACUGAACUCUCUCAGAGUUCCAACAUGCGUUUCAUGCAGUUCCGUGCGCACGACAAAUAUGCGCUGCACCUAAGUAAAAUGGAGAAGCGCGAAAAGGAGCGCGGCUCUCAUAUUUCCUACAUGUUUCGUCUGCCAUUCGCUGCCGGCGCCGUUUUCAGCGCCUCGAUGCUGGACACGCUACUCUAUCAGGCAUUCGUCAAGGACUAUGUGAUCACAUUUGUGCGCUUGCUGCUGGGCAUCGAUCAGGCGCCGGGCAGUGGCUUUCUGACAUCGAUGCGCAUUACAAAAGACGACAUGUGGAUCCGUACCUACGGUCGUUUGUAUCAGAAACUUUGCUCGACAACUUGCGAAAUACCGAUCGGCAUUUAUCGUACUCAGGACACAUCGAAUACGGAAGCAUCACAUGUGAGUAAUUCACCUGUAGAGAAGUGGGGACCGUUUUCCGCUUUCGGAAAGCACUGUGUGCGCUUGCGACCAUCGUCUUCUAUGUUUUUUCAGUACUCGAUCAAUUUAGCCGAUGAGGCGCGCAACAAUCAUGCGCAACAAAUCGAACGUGCCGAGAUCGCGAAUCUGGUACGCAGUCGUAUGGAGUCAUUGAACCUGCCGACAAUCGAUUAUGACGACGUGAGCGAGAAGCGUAAUCAUCUAUCGUAUGUGAUAAUCAAUCCGAGCUGUGAUCUGAAGUUGGAAGAGGGCGAUGUCAUCUACUUGGUGCGUCCGUCGCCGUUUUCAGCGCAAAAAACCUUCGAACGUCACAAUUCACGCCGCAAAUCAAACAUAUCCUUCUGUUCGAACAUCAAUUUGGGUGCCGCCUGCGGACCAACCGUUAGUGCCGCAGCCGGUGCGGGUUCGCGUCGUGGCUCCGGCAUAGCAGGCCUGAAUCCAAUGCAAAUGCAAAGCGUACAGACGUUGGCCGGGUAUGGUUCGCCACGCUGCUCGCCGCCCAUACAACAAAUUAAAUCCAAUUCUCUUUCUCUACCCGACAGUCCGACGGUUGUUGGCACACAGCGCGGCCGGAGCAAUUCAUUGCGGAUCGAGAAUGAUAUUUUGCUACGGCGAUCCUCAUCACUGCGACAAGGCUUACCCAGUGUUGGUGUUAGUCAUGGUCGUCGUAAGUCCUCGUUGGAGGAAAUCGGCAUUAGCCAUUUUACAACGCUCAUGCAAGCAACGAAUCACACGAAUCCCAUUAAAAUUGCGCUCAACGGCAGUAUAGGACUGGAGGUCACACCACCCGAAGAACCAACACCCAUAUUAGGUGUACCCUGUAUUGUGGCCGGUGGUCCCGGUGGUGGUAUUAAUCCCUCGGCGCUAGGUGGUUCCACACUUGGCGGCGGUUCAUCAUUGGCCAUCAAUACUGCCGAUUUGGGCGCAUCACCCACAUCGAGUAACAAUAAUUCACCGCUACAAGUGCCACAACAGGAUUCACAACAAUCCGGACAAAUGCAAUCACCGCAACAUUUACAAGGGACAAUUGUAUGAUACAACCUUAUGUGGGGUCGCAGACUCCGCUCGACGAUAACGAAGAAAAAUAAAUGGAUAUAAUAUAAGUAGAAAUCGGAGCGGUGCUAAGGCGUCUAAAUGUCACGCCGUGAUGACAUCACAACGUCACGAAUGUCGGCUAUCGUUACUGCGGCGGACUGCAAACAAAAACGGGUAGUUAGGGGAACUCACACAUAGAAGCACGUAUGUAUAGCAGCAGAGCUAGCAACAAAGUAGUUUCACGCAUCAUGUACAUAUGUAUAGAUUAAUAGCUGUAGCGUAAGAGGGAAAACGCAAAUAUUGCCGAAGCUGUCAUGUCGUCGUAUGCAACUGCGUUAAAAUGCAACGAUUUCACAAAUAUAUAUAUAUAUAUAUAUUAAUAUAUAUAAUCACUUAGCUUAAGUUUCGUUUGUAGUGAUCGACUGAUCAGCUGUAAAUAAUGUGACUCGUUCAAUUGUAGCGGUAGGGUAAGCCUAAAGCUAUUUCAUUAUAAAUAUUUAUUAAAUGCAUUGUGAAUGUACAAUAUUUAAAAAACAUACAUAUAUUUUUGAGUUUGUAGAUAAUAUGUAAUAACUAAUAAUACUUUUUAUUUAUUAAGUAAUCAAAAUAUGUUUAUUUUGUUUAAAAAAAAAUCGUUUAAUUUAUUAUGAAAAAUAUUGUUUGCUUCUCUUUUGAAAAACUAUUAUAAUAUAUAUGAGCUGUAGGUGAUUAUUUAUUUAUUGUUUUUGUUUUUUUGAAAUUUUCUUAUUCAAAAUUUCGUACCGACUUUGCUUUAAUUAAGUUAUUCUUAUAUUAGGGUUAAACAUCUAAUUCUCAAGCGGUUAGAGUAGGAAUCAGAAAAUUAUUUUUCUCACUUUCACUCAAAACUCUUUUUAAUACAUCUCUUAUACAAAACAAUCACUUUUCAAGUCCACAAGUUGUGUUACUUUGUUCAAAAGGGCAGAUAAAUAUAUAUUCUGGGAUUGCAUCAGUCUAUAUUUUAUUUAGCCUGCAACACAACAAGGCAGUAACUCGUUAAACACAGCAAAAACUUAGUCUAAUUUCUCUCAGUUCAUUAUCAAAAAAUUUGGUAAAUGUGGUAUAGCACAUAACUAAGAAUUGUAUUUUUAAUUACGUAAACUAUAGUAUGUGAUCCCUCAAGUAUUUGGAACUGCUGAAAGCUAAAGUGGAAAUUUUUAAUGAGGCCGACUAAUAAUGAUAGGCUAAUAGGAGACCAACUAUUGUCACCUAUAUUUCUAAAAUUAAACAGUAGUUUAAUAACUGAUGUUUCUCGCAUGCACACACACCUUCAUCCACCUAUAAAAGCUAUGAAGAGUGUCAACUUAAAGAAGCUAACAGCCCUUAGUCUCAUAUUAAUAAAUUCGAAGCAGUUCCUGAGGCUUUAGUAAAAUCAUCUUUACACAUUUUCGUCGAGAACUCACCUAAUUCCACACAAAAAUAUGUUUCUCUCUCUAAUUAUCCAACAUCUUUUCUCUCUAAGCUCUAACAGAUACCAAAAAGAACGAAAAUCGAUUGCCCAUGAGAAAUAGAACCAAUAGAUUAUUUUCUCAAAAACUUUAUUCUUUUAUAAAAAAAUAUAUAUUUUUUUUACAAUAAUUUGUUUACCAUAUAUAUAAAAACAUACAAAAAAUAAAAAUUCAUAAAGUUAAAAAAAAAUCAAUAUAAAAACCAUGAAUUCAAACUGUACAAACAAAUGGUGAAAUAAUAAUAGCCAAAGCACAAAACAAACUGUAAUUGUAAUUUACUAGAACGUAAGUAGAAAACAAUACAUUUAUCCGAUAUAACUGUAUUUAUAAUAAUAUCGGUAGCAAUUAAGAUUACCUUUCCGUUUCAUUAUUUCUUGGCACUAUACAUUCGAUUUUACUUUUCUAUUUUCGAAAAUACAUUAAAUAUUUUUUAGACAAUGUCGUGGACUAAGCCCUUUGUCGAUUUCGGAUUCUUUGGGAUCAUAUAGUUUAAUCACAAAUGAAUUGAUUUUUAUGAUUACAGGCCGUCCUUUUGCUGGCUUGUAAACAGGAAUUAUUAAGGUAGGGAUACAAAAUUGGUCAUGCACAAAUUUAUGCUUCUUAGGGUCAUAAGCAUAAUUUUGUAUUCAAACCAUUUAUGGUAAGCCCGUUUUUAUCGCAUGCUCUCCAAUAUGCCAGUACCACAUUACAGUAGCUGUAAGUGUGUAUACCUAAUUAGUAGGACCUUGUUUUUAUGCUUGUCAUAUUUGGGUCAUAUAUGCUUUAUUAUCUUGCAGCGUGUUAUUGAAUUCCAUCUGCUCUGAACUAUUUGUUUAAAAUGCAUAUAAAGCUCUCUUUUUAUCGUUCACAGGGAGCAUGGCAUUGAAUGCGCCUCGGAUUCGUUUAAAAAACGGAGUUGACAUGCCAGUGAGCUUAAAGCCUUCCUGCAGUUGUUGACUACACUGGAAUUGAUCAGUGUCGUCGACAAGACCACAAUGCCGCCUGGCUGUCCGUGUAUAUGGCUGCUUUCUGUAACUUUCCGUAGUUAUUCAAUACUUGUAGAACUCCACAGGCCUUCUCUAUACUUAUGUUAGUACUUUCGCUUGGAAGAUGUUGGUUGAGUAUGGUAGGUGGAGAGAAAGAGGGAUAUCAAGAUUAUUGGAGUAUACGCUUACAUCUACUCUGCAAUCUAUUUUAGACUCGUUGGUAUAGAUUGAGAUACAUUGGUUUUUGUACUCCGAUUGUUUUAAGUGGGAAGGUUCCAGGGAUUGCUCUUGGAGUAGUUUCGCUCAGUAUAAUAUGCAGUCCCAUCUAAUAACUCACCAAAGCGGCCUGUGGCCAAUAUAAAUUUGCUUAGGCAUUUAAUUUCUAUUCCCAUCAGCUCGGUGGGAUAUUUGAAAUUGUCAGAUCCCAAAUGUUUAAGCCUUGAUCUCUCAAAUGCGAAACAAUCAACAAGGAAGUAUUGAGAUGUUUUCACUUCGUCUUCUUCCAUACAGCUUCUGAAGCUGGCAUCCGUUAAGAUUACAGUGUGGACACUGGAUAUCUUUUGAACGAUCUUGGGUCAAAAAAAUCUUACGACAGCGCAAGAACCAAUGAUGGCUCAGUGCUGAUCAAGCUCCCGCGAAGCACAGCUAUCCAGUUAAAUGACAUCUUAAUUGCCUUAGCUAAUUGACUCAAUUAGUCAUUGUAUUCUGUUCUUUUUUACUACUUAAACGUUAUUAUUGCUUUCUUUCACUAUAUCCAUGCUGAUUACAAUUAGUUAAUUAUAUAAUAAAAUAUAAUAAAAUUAAAUAAUGUCAAUUUUUAAUUUUAAUUGAGAUUUUUAUAAAAAGAUCUUUGUUAAAUGAUUACUGUAGACACUUCUAAGUACAUUAAAUUGUAUGCACCAGAACCAAUAGUAUAUAAUGUGGUAUAAUUGUAGGUAAAUACCAAAUAAUUUGAGUAAUGAAGAUACUUUUAGAUAAAUUAUUAAAAAAUAGAUCUGUAAGAUUGUACAUACAUAUACAAUAGAUAUAGAUGAGUAUUGAAUAUGCAAGAAUUAGAUACGUCUGUAGGUUAUGCUAAGAGAGAAUUGAAACAUUUUAGUAAAACUGAUAAACGCUUUGGUAUACUAUUAAUGCUUUACAAGAAUUGAGAUUAGUGAAUUAGGGACGAUAUAAUCAGAGAAUAAAUUUGUAAAAAGAAAACAAAUGGAAAUAAUGCGAAAAAGAAAUAUAUAUAAGUCUAGAACAAAAAUUAACAAAUUUGGAAUUGUGUAAAAUUACAACAAAAAAAUAAAAUAUAUCCAAAAAACAACUGUAAGUAAACUGUUAGAAACGAAACUUUAGAAAAUGAAUUUUAUUAGGUAUAAGUGUGGGUCGCGAGCCAAAAUUAAUGACUGCUGAAACAGUUCGAAAGUGGAAAAUAACGCGUUAUAACGGGUUGAUAUAUGAAUAUAUGUAUGUACAUAUGUAGUUGCUCCUAAUUAUGCAUAAGGCCUUACACGUUCUCAAACAAAUUUUAAGUAAAUUUAUUAGACUUAAAUGCAUAAAAUAGCCUUAGCUUAACUUUAAUGAAACAAAUUAAGUAUGAAUGCACUCGUAAAUAAUUUAGUUAUAGAGUUAAGGCGUAUAUAUAAUGUAUAUAAUUAUUUAUACAUAUUAAAUAUUCGGCACUGUUGCAUAUGUAUAUAAUGUUGACAAGCGCAUUUAGAGUAUAUGUUUUAGGAAAACUGUUGCUUUUAAAAACAAAAUUUUGUUAAUUUGAUUACUAGCAGCUUCGAAAUGUUACACUGUGCAAUGAAAAAUGUUGUAGAAUAAUAAUUUUCUGUAUGACUAUAUAAAGUGUUUUGCAUAAUUUUGCCAAAAAAAAAAUUUUUAAUAGCGAUAAAAAGUUAUCAUUUUUGUUUAUUAAAGACAAAUUUAAUGAAAGAAAAAUAUAUUUCAUAAAUUCCACAAUUUAACAUAAUAACAAGCUGUUGAAAUAUUUUCAGCAAAAUUCAAUUCAAAUAAAUGUUAAACAUUAAUUAAAUUACAAACAAAUCAUCCGAAAUCACAAUUAUAAUAACAACAAAUAACGGUUAAAAACCUAAUUAAAAGAAGUAAGGCAGUACAAAGUUUGAGUGUAAUCGAACAUUUCAUACUCUUGCAACUUGCAACUUGAUCAAAGCCGGUGAAAGAAUUCAACAUUCAUUACACGACGAAAUUGUGAAUGGUUUACAAUAAAAUUCGGUUUCUUAUUAACUUAUAAAUUUAUUAUAGGUCAAAGGCUCACUUAGUUUUAUAAAUAUAUUUUACUUCCCGUCAGCGAAAAUUAUAUUAAAAUUAUUCCUCAAAUGAAAUAUAUCUGACAUAAACUUAACCGAACAGGUCAAAUUUAUUAUAUUUAAUUGAUGUGCAAAACGUCAACCAGAAGACCAAGGUCUAGACCAACCUCCAUUCAUGUUCAUCGCUAAACUAAUUUAUUAUAUUAUGUAUGCAGUACAAUAUAAUUUGACAUAUUUUCGGCAUUAAACUAAUUUAUAUCCAAUAUUAGGCAACCGGAAUUUUGAAAAUCUUUUAUUAGUUAUAUAGAAAAUAUGUGUAGUAUUGACGCGAGUUUUAUCUAUUUUUGACAUUACUACAUAUUAUUUACUGAAACAGAUGAUAUCUGAGUUUCAUUAAGGUACCUCAUAUACCCUCAACAAUAUAUUAUUAUAUACAAUGAGUAAAGUCAACUGGAUGUUUGAAAAUCCAGAUAUUAGUUAUAGGGGGGCUAGUGCAAGUUUUCACCCAAUUUUAUUCACUUUAGUCAAAGAGAUGCAUCGUUAGGAGAAAAACACUCAAACUCAAUUUAAUUAAGAUAAUUCACGUAUUGAGCGAUAUAUUUAUUAUAUGGGAAAUAAAAUCAACCGAAAGUUUGCAAAUCUUUCCAUUAAGUAUAAGUGUGGGGACUAAGGGAAAUAUUGAGCAGAUUCAACCCAUUUUUGGCAUACAGAUAUAUUAUACUUGUACUAUUAUCAGGAAAGGAUUCUCUCCUAAUUUCAAAUAUAUAUCUCACACAUUGAUCGAAAUUUUCAUUAAAAAGAUAGCCAUAGGCUCCGUGGUCCCCAUUUUCGGUAUCUGGGCGCUUGCAUAGGUAAAAUCCGAUUUUCACAACUUUUAGAAUUGAGAUGGCAUAUUUUAAAGGCACACUUUAUGCAAAAUUUUAUGUCUAAAUAUAUAUAAAUUAGUGCUUGAUUUGUAUAGUGGAAAGUAAAAAAGAUAUGGAAUUUAAAGUUGUUUUAUAUGGGAAGUAGGCGUGGUUGUAUACCGAUUUUUAUAUUAUAACAUGGCAAUGUCAAAAUAAUCCUAUAUACUAAAUUUGGUUGAAAUUGGUCUAGUAGGUUCGGAGAUAUGUAAUUUCACCUAAAUAUGGGCGGAUAGUCCAAUUUUGACACCGGCUCACCAAAUUCACCAAUUAAUGUUUCGGCCCAUAUUUCGCUACCAUAUAAUAGCAAUAAGUAUAAUAAAGAAUAGAAACAGGGUAAUAAAAAUAGUACUAUAACUUUUAUGAUAAAUUAACCGGAAAUUUACAUUGAAAUUAUUACAAAAAAAUAUUAAAAUAAAAAAUACCAAAAUUAAAAUUUUAAGCAAAAACCAAUACAACUAAAACAAGAAAAAAUUAAUUAAUUAUUUCAAAUAAAAAAUAGGUAAAUAGGCUGAUAUCUCGUGAGCUAGAGACGCUUGACUAUUGAGAUGGCCAGAACUUCUAGGUAAGGUAAACUGGCCAUUGGAGGAGAAAAUAUGUAGAUAUUUCCACCUUAUGUUGCUCGAUGCAACUUUGACAAGUUGCGUUCUCUAAAAUCUUCAGCCUUACCACGUGAGUGUCAAUGGGACAGUGUUCCGCCUAUAAAUGCGGCGAUGUGAGCCUUGCUAAGCAUUAGCAGUUCAAUGGACCUUUUACGCUGCAAAAGACUUUCGCAACCCCACACGGAAGCUCACAGAUCCAGCGCCCGAAUGCACAAAGACAGGGGAACCCCUGCUCGUUCCCAUUCAGAUCGAGUUUGGGUAUGAGUGCCUUUUCUUGCAAGCUCAUCGGUUUUAAAAUUUCCGAUGAUUGCCCUGUGGACAGGCACUUACAGUCAGCGAGUUCAAGGCCUGUAUAACAGUUAUGCUAUCGGUGUGCAUGCAUACCACGCUAAAAUAAACUGCACUUCGGAGAAGUACUUAAAUUCCUUAAAAUUAUGCAAAACACUUUAAAUUGGUCAUUUUCCGUUUUAACAAAAAAAAUUUUAGAAUUUUUCCAGUAUUAUUGCAACAUUUUAAACGUAAAUUAUUAUUUAUUUUUAUAUUUCCAAAGCAUUAAAAUUACAUAAUUUUAAAUUUUAAAAUUAACCCUAAAUUGAAAUUUAAGUAAAAAAUAAGUGAUCAAACUCGAAAAUUAUUUCUAAGUUUGUUUUAGGAUUUAAAAAAACACAUUCAAGUUUUUUAGCACCCAUUGUCGCUUGGGACGCCACUUGAAUUUUCAUUCAGCAUAUUAGGUCACCUGUACACUUAACAAAUUGGAUAAUGUAAAAAUUAGCUGUUAAAUAAUGAAACAAAAAAUAACAAAAAUUCAUAAAUAUAUAAAUAAACUAAAUAAUUAUAUUUACUGUUAUAUUUAAAUGAAACUAGAAUGUAUAUCAUAAAGCAUAAAGAAGAAGGAAGUUAGAAAAGAAAAUGGAAAAGUGCAAUAAGUUGUUGAAGUAAUAAGUAACUGUAAGUGUUGCCGCUAUAACUGUAAUAUUCUAUGUAGUUCAUCUCAAGAAAAGAAAAAAAUAAAAAAAUACAAAAACAAACACAAAAAUACAAAUAUAAAUACGCAGAAGACGUUAAAAUUGUAAAUCUGCAAAAUGCAAUUGAAAACUAAAUUUCAGAAAAUUAAAUUUUAAUUGAUAGCGCUGAAAAUGUAAUUGGAAGUAUACAUACCUACAUAUAUGAAACAAAAGAAUAAAAUUAAAUAAAAAUAUUCAUUGAAGUUUCCUAAUUGCGCAUGUAUUUAUUUAAUAUGGUACGAUUUUGUACCGGUUGAGAAGCUCCAACGAAGAUCUUUUUAACUCAUAGGAAAGAGACAAAUUCGUUUAAUUCUGGAACCUUGUAUAAGUUAUCUAAGUGUCUAUGGAAGACAGGCGGUUGUGUGAGU